CCCUAUAAAAGACAGAGGCGAGGCUUUACUCCUCACACUUUCACUACAGCUCCACUAGGACUUACUACUUUGUCUGAAAGCUCAGCAAACUACUGCAGCUGAUUUUAUAUAUAUAUAUAUAUUUUUUUAGUGUUUCUUACCUUAUACACUAGCCAAGUUAAUUAUGGCAUUUUUACCCAGAGCCCUUCUCCUGCUGCUGCUUGCAGUAGUUUGUAUUCAACUGAGUGGAGCUGUAGCUGACGGACCUGACAGGUGCUGGUGUUUGAACGGUGUGACGAAAUAUGUCCCCAGAGAAGAAAUUGAAGAGUUCUCUAUUUUCCCCCGAAGAUCGAAGUGUGACAUGGUUGAAAUCAUAUUGACACUAAAACCCGUGAAUAACUCAACUAAAAUCAAUCAGCGCUGCUUGAGUCCAGAAACAAAACAAGGAAAUAACCUGCAGACUUGCUGGAACAACAAGAACACCAACAACACUCCCACUUUUAAGAUAUCCAACUGCUUCGAAAGCCAUAAAUGAAAGUGCAGAGGAGCACAGGAGGACAGAAGGGGGAAUCUGGAAACCAGGGCCGGACUUGGGCAAAAUUUCAGGCCGGAAAAUCUCAUCCAGGCCACACAGAAAAAAGGGCCAAAAUUGUACCUUUUGGGGUACAACAGCUUGACACCCUAGCAGUACACCAUACAUAUUAGUACCUUAAGAGUAGUAAUUUGUACCCUUCAGAUACUAAUUUGAAGGCAUACCUAUUAGGGGUAAAAAAGGAACAAAUGUCCUUUUAAGGGUCCUGUUCAAGUGACAAGCUGUUGUACCCCAAAAGGUGCAAUUUUGGCCUCUUAUUUCCUGUAUAUAGCCUAUACAUCCACAACGAUUUCUUAAACCAGACAACUCUAUUAUUUGUAUGGCCAUCAAAUAAAAAAGGUCUAAAUCCUUA